AUGGAGCCUGCACAUGUUUCUCAAAGUCAGCAAGCUAAUAUUUUAAAAGAAAAAAAGAAGAAGACAAGUAAGAAGAAAAAUAAUCAGAACCUUAAAAAUGAAGAGGAAGAGGUUAUUAUUCCAAAACUGAAAGAAACCCAAAAUAACGGAUUUAAACAUGUUGUUGUAAAUGGCGCUGCAAAGUUUCCUAGUUAUUUAGACAAUUUACCCUAUGUUGAAGGACAAUGGAGUGUUACAAACCCAACUGGAAAGAAAAUGUAUUCUAUAAUAUUUUUAUCACAACUUGGUCUUGAAGCUGUUUGUCAAAAGAAACCGGAUGUAUUAAAAAACUGGAGUACAAAAUCAUUCAUUGCACCACAAUUUAGUUCAUUAAGUGAUAUUUUAAAACAACAAGAAAAAAAGAAGAAUAAGAAAAAUAAACAUUAUUCUAAAAAUGAAGAGGAACAGAGUGUAAUUCCAAAACCGGUAGAGUUAGUACCACAAGUGGAAAAGUCCCAAUACAAUGGACUUCAAUAUGUUGUAAAUGACACUCUAAAGUUGCCUAGUUAUUUAGACAAUUUACCCUAUAUUGAAGGACAAUGGAGUUUUACAAACCCAACUGGAAAGAAAGUGUAUUCUAUAUUAUUUUUAUUAAAACUUGGGAGUGAAGCUAUUUGUCAAAAGAAACCGGAUGUAUUAAAAAACUGGAGUACAAAAUCAUUCAUUGCACCACAAUUUAGUUCAUUAAGUCACCCAAGUGUUAUAUUGGAUCGUAGUCAUGGAAAGCUUUUACAGCUCAAAGAGACAGUUGAACAUCCAUUGAACUCAGUAGUUGCUUAUAAAAUGAAUAUGAAAUGUAAAAGCAUACUUAAAGACUACGAGGAACUGAAUAAUUUAAAUGAAAUAAUCUAUUCAUUAUCAGAAGAUGAAUCUUCGGUAAUCUGCACAAGGCAUAAAGAGUUUGUGAAGUCAAUGUCACUUAUAAUAUUAGAUUGUCCUAUCACUCAAACAACAGUAGCAGGAACGAUUUUUGCAGAACUAUUAUCCAAAAAAAUUCUUUCUAUGGAGGCCAUCACUCAAGGAAUUGAUGAUAUUCUUAAAUAUUGGAAUGAUUUUUUGAUGUAUUAUCCUCAAUUUUUCUCCUAUAUUGCUGAAAUUAUUGUUCCAUUAUUACUAUCACAGAAUACUUCUUUUGACUUCAACAAUUUAAAAGAUUCAUGUACUUCUAUACGACCAAACAAUUCUAGUAAAUUGUUUACUGAAGUAUUAUAUAAAAUUAAUAGUUCCAAGGAAACACAGAACGUUAAAGAACAAUUUGGUGGUAUACUGUGGAUUUACAAUAAGUGGAAUAUGUUAGAAAAUGUUCCUCUUGAUGUCUUUAUGCCUUCUAACCAAAUAAAUAAAUAUUUUAAAAAAGAUGAAGUUGGAGUAUUCCUUUUAUCUAUUGCCAUGUAUGAUAAAAUUAAGCUGACUGAUAAUAAAUUACUGUACGAUAUAUUGCAAAGCUGGAUAUGUACUAAUAUUAGUGCAGAAAUAAUAAAAAGCUCUCUGUUUGUGCGAGCACUGACUGUAGCUAUUGUCAUUUUAUGUUUGAAGUUAAAUCAUCCAUACGACGAUUUCUUUGAUCAUGUUCAUGUACAAUUGUUGACCCAUUAUAUUAAAUUAAAACUACUUCCAAAAAAUGAAAUCCAGGCACGAGAAGUACAAUGUAUGUUCGGCAUUCAAUUAAUGUCUGCUACACUUGAACAUCCUAGAGGAAUGGUAUUAAAACUGUUCAAUAAGCUCCAUCAGGAAAGAGUUAUAAGUAAAGAAUCGUUUGAACUAUUCAUACAAGAAUAUGAAAAAAUACCUGAAAAAUAG